AUGUCCUUGACUGAUUUUGGUGAUGUCAUAAAGGCUGGCGCUUUAACCGAAGUGGUCAUGAUUCGACCGGAAGAACAACUCAACUCGUCGUCGGACACCAAGAAGGCGCGGAACGCGCGUAGCGGAUCUGAGAUCCUCAAAGAUCGUUUGGAUCCAUUUCACUCACUGUUGACUGAGUAUGGUGACGUCGUGUCGAAGACACCGCCCAUGGGGCUACCUUCAGAUCGAGGGGUCCGUCACGAGAUUGACUUUGUUCCAAGAACGAAAUACUGCGUAACUCGGCAGUGGCCUCUUCCUAAAGAGCAAUGUGACGUCAUUGAUGCUUUCUUCCGUGCCAAGCACGAAGUUGGGCUACAAGUCUCCGCACUCCACGCCAACAUUCUGUGCCAGAAAUCCAAAUGGCAAGUGGGGUAUCGUUCAUGCUUUAACAAGCUGAAUGCAGCUACGAUCCCGGCUCAAACGCCGAUCCCUUGCAAGGAUGUUCUACAGAACAACAUAGUUGGGUGUACGUACAGCGCGCUCGACCUGGUCGAUGGUUACUACCAGUUGCUCAUGCGAGCUAGUGACAUCCCGCUCACUGCGGUCAGUACUCCGAGCGGUAUGCUCUGGGAGUGGUUGGCGAUGCCCCAAGGGCUGUCGAACGCGCCGGCGACGUUCAAUCGUCUGGUGAUGCAGUCGUUUCGGCCCCAUCGGGCUUACGCACAGACGUACUUUGAUGACAUCUUUAUCCACAGUCGUGCGGCGCACGGGAGGUCGGAUGUGGAGAACCACGUUGACCAUUUACGAACGGUGCUCGAGUGCAUGGACACGAACAAAUUGUACACCAAUGCGGAUAAGUGCAUCUUCGGCGCAGAAGAGACCCCCUUUGUGGGGUGCUUCAUUGGGAAGCGUGGCCUUAGAGCGGACCCCGCUAAGGUUAAGGCCAUUGUGGAUUGGCCGGUUCCUGUGAACCUGAAAGACUUGACGUAG